UUAAGUUUCCAGACUGAGAAUGGCAUAUCUGCACAAGCUCAAGGGUACCUGAAAAAUCCUGGUAGCGUAGCUGAGUCACAGGCGAUCCAGGGACAGUUCGCCUACACCUCACCGGUUGGAACCCCCAUUGCCACCCGCUACUAUGCCGAUGACACAGGGUUCCACGCCGAGGGUUCCCAUCUGCCCGUAUCUCCCCACGCCCCUCAGGCCAUUGGCAGGUCUCUUUCUUACCAGAAAUCGCCUCUUGUCUCAAUCCACUAGAGAAAGUAAUAUAACUCGAAGUUGGUGUUUAGAUGUUUAUAGAUU